GUUGGCGGAUACUGAGCAUAAGAAGAAGAUGAGAUACUUGCAUGGUCUGCGCCUAGGAUUGAAAGAAAAGAUCCACAGGGUUGAUGAAGAGAGCAUGGCCACUAUCAAGGAGGCAGCACUUAAGUAUGAAGCCUAUGAAGUUGAGGGUAGAGAGGAAAACAAGGCCAAAGAAGAGGAGAAGAAGAGGAAGUUUGGAGUAAAUUAUGCUGGACCUCGUUACCCACCCAGGAGAGGUCCUAGCAGUUUUGGGAGAACACCGAGUCAAUCUAUGUCGGGAACAUCAUACAAGGCACCAGUUUCCUCUGCCACACAAGCUCCAGUUUGUCAAGUUUGUCAGAAGAGACACUUUGGGGAGUGUUGGAGGUUUUCUGGAGUAUGUUUUCAAUGUGGCCAGCCGGGUCACAUCAUGAGGAACUGUCCUUAUAGGGGAGGAGGAAGACCUACUCAGUCCGAACCUUCAGUUCACUUUAGUAGAGCCCCAGCCAGAGGUGGUUACCAGGGAGGCCGUAGUGGAUUUCAGAGUGGUCGUGGUGGUUCACAGGGUGGUAGAGGUGGUGAUCGAAAUCAGCCAUCAGGAAGUGGUACGCAGGGUACCAGAGCACAGGGAGCACCGAGGGUUUAUGCAAUGACUCGAGGUGAGGCAGAAGUGGCACCAGAAGUUGUGACUGAUUAUCAGCAGCAGCAGUAGAUAAGUGUUAGGUGGGAGCUUAGCAAGAGUUGAAGGCAAAAUGAGAUUCUGGAAGGUUGGAGACUCAGUAUGUUAAUAUACUCAGCAAACGAAAUCGGUUGUACCGCCGUAUCCAUUUGAUCCAAAAACGUCGACGUCAGUCCCUUCUCCAAAAUCGAUCCAACCAGAGUAUGUGC